AUGAGCAAUUUAAAUAAAUAGCAACUAAGCGAAAACCAAAAGAAGGCUUAGUAGUACCUUAAAGAUCAUAGGAUAGAGGAAAUUUUAGGAGAUAUUUUGAAUACAAUAGCACAUAAUAAAUAUGAAUAACCUCUAGUUUACAUGAUAAAAUAUUUAGCCAAGUAGCUUCCUAAUGAAGUAUUAACUACAAAUGGAAUUUCUAUUCAAAACUAGGAUGAAGUAGAUACUAUCAUGCAAAUACAAUAUCCUCAAUUUGAUUAGAAUUGCAAUAAUAUUUUUCGUUAAAUUUUAUCAAGAGAAGUCUACUAGCAAUGUAAAAGCAUCUAGACAGAAUAUAAAAACAAUUUAAGACACCUUAUUUAGCUAGCAUUGGAAAAUUAAAAGCACAAAGUAGGUUUAUUUGCAUGCGAUUCUUCGUGUUAUACUGCUUUCAAACCUAUCUUUAAUCUUGUUCAAAACUCUAUUUUUACUAAAAUAUACCCUCUGCCUGAAAGCUUUGAGUAUGAAAGAUUACUACAAUUACCAAAAAGUACUUGCCUGAACCAAGAAUUCAAAUAUUUCGAAGAGUUCAACAUUAAAAUAAAAAGAAAUGUAUCAGGAUAUCAGUUUAAUCCUGUUAUGAAGUCUACUGAGAGAGAACAAGUUAAAUCUAGCAUAAUCGAUUGUAUUUAAAGCAAGUUAAAUAGGUUAUUCACACAGCUUUAUAAUUUAGAGGAUUUAUAGAGUGAAGAUAGGACGAAUUUAGCAGUACAAUUCAACAAAUUAAUUAAAGAAAGCAACGCGCUAUUAAGAAGUGGUCUCAGAUAUAGGGAAUGGCCAGAUUCAAGAUCUAUUGCCAUUUCAAAUAACAAAAAGUAUUUAAUUCAAGUUAAUAAAGAAGAUCAUUUUGAAUUGAAAUGCAGCGGAACAAAAGAAUUAAAUUUUUUAGAAUACCUUGUUUAGUCUAUAUAAAUUACUUAGUUACUUGAUAAGCAUUUAGGUUUUAAUUUUGAUAGUAAAGAAGGCUUUACUACAGUAAAACCAAUUUACUAAGGAUUAGCUCUUAAAUUUAAGAUCAAAGUUAAAAUACCAUCUUCUUACUAAGCUACUUUUAAAACUAAUAUAGAAAAUUUAAAGAAAAACCCAUCUUCAUAUAUAGAUAUUAAAUCAAUUAAAAAAGAUUCUAAUAGGUGGAUGAUUACAUUAAAUAAAACAUUUGGUUUAACUUGGAAUACACUCAUUUAAUAAAUAGAAACUAGUUUUUAGUCAUUAUUUUAAAAUAUAACAGAUAAAGAUUAAAGUCCAACAUAGAUUAAUAUUAUUAAUUUAGAUUAAUUCACAAGUGAUGAUAUAGCUGAAUAAGAAGAGGAAGAAACCGAUGAAAUAUAAUAGAGUGAAGUUUAAAGUUAGCAAAACAAUAAUAAAGAAGAAAAUGGUUAGUAGCAUAAAGAAGAAGAGUUAUAAAAUUAAAAAUAAAUUAAAGAAACCCAAGAGCAAGGAAAAUUAAUAUAAAAAAAUGGAAACAUGACUAACUAAAAGGAUUAAUAUAAUUAAGCUUAGCUAAAAGAGAGCAACAUUAAUAGUAAUUAAUCGUAAAAAAGAAAUUACUCAAAUCACUCCUCAAAAAGCACAGAUGAGUCAGUAAAUCAUUAAAAUGAAAUUGAAGAAAUUCAUGUUACAAAAGAAGAACCUAUUUAAAAGAAGAAUAAUUAUCAAAAAAAUUAAAUAGUUACUUACAUAAAAAAAUCUGACCUAAUAACAUAAAAUAACGAAAAUACAACUCAAAAUACACAUUCAGUAGCUAAAAUAUAGUCAGAGUCUUCAAAUUAAAAUAAUGAAAUUACUAAACUUGAUCACAUAGAAAUUACGAUAGAAGAAAACACCAAUGAUAAAGAAGAAACAAAGUGGCAAAACGAAAUGAAAAAUGAUAUCUAAAUUUUACCUUAUGAUUUCGAUAGAAUUUUGCAGUAUAAAAGAGUAGAGAGAGCAAGCAAUUACUCUGAACUUUAGGUAGAAAUUUCUAAAAUCAUAUUGCGUAAAAAUAAAGAAGAGCUUUAGGCUAGUUAAAAUGAGCUUUAUUAGAUUAUUUCAGAAUCAGAUACGAGCGUAGUUUUAUAGUCUUACAGUUAACCCAAAGAGUUUAUCAAGGAAUCUUAUUUUAUUCUCAGAAGAAAUUUUAAGUCUAUACCCCUUAAAUCAAAGAUGAAUGAUGAAGAAUUUUAAAAGGUUGACUAAAAGUUACUGCAAUUUAUUAAGCAAAUAGAGAACCAAUAUAAAGGUCAGCUAAUUCUGGCUAAAGAACAAAACUAUGAAAAAUAAAUGAACCAAUUGUUAAAGUAAUACCACCUGUAUGAAGAUAACGAGACUUUCAAUUAACUUAAAGGAUUUGACAAUGAAAGAUUUUCAUAUGGUUCUCUACUUUAUAAAAGUGAAAAUUUAAAAAUAUUAGGAAAUUUAGAUGACCAUUUGAUUAUUGUUUUGAAUAUCACUUAAGAUGAUAUUAUUGAAAGCUUAGUAGAAUUAUAUAAAAUAUACAAUAAACUCAAAGAAUAGGUAUGUAGAGAUGAUUAUUUUGGAUAUUUAACAAGAAAUCCAAAACUAUGUGGUUCCGGUUUGUCAAUAGUUUACAAAAUUAAAGAAGUUAAAAGAUCAAACAUCAUACUCUCAGUAACCUAGACUGAUGAAAACUCAAACAUAAUAACUCAAUACUUAGAGAAAGAUAACUGUGUGCAGAUAGAGUUAAAUAGAGUUGAUCAAACCAAUUUACACCAAUUUGCAUAAGAUUGUAACAAUCACCUAGCUCAAAUUAAACUUGCUGAUUCUUAAGAUUAACUUCUCACUGAAAAUCAGCUUACCUACCUAGACUGCUUUGAUUAACAUGGUUUUAUAGUUGCUCCUGAAAAAGAAUGCUAUACAUUUUUCAAAGAUGCUUUUGAAAGAUAUAUCAAGAAGUUUAAUUUAAAUGAAAGUCCAUUAGAAUUAACUUAUUCUCCAAACCUUUUGAUGUUUAAUGAAAUAAAUAAAGAUAUUACAAUUCAAUAUGAAAUUAGAAGAAAUUUUGAAUAAUUUAAUUUUACUAAAUAUAUGACUCACAAAGAAGUGGAAACUUUGAAAUAAUAUUUUGAAAAAAUAUUUAAAAACUAAGAUUUUCAUGUAAAAAGUCAAGAAUCGAACUCAUACAAAACAGUGACUUACAUGCAUAACUUUAAAUUCUUCAAAGUAGAUGUAAUGAAAAAUGAUCACUUAUCAAUAUAUUCGUUUGGAAAACUUAAAAGUUUGUAGAAAUCGUUGGCUGAAACAUUUGAUCUUCUAUAAAAACUUUAAAAUGAAAAAUUUACUUAUUUAAGAGAUGAAAAUCUUGGUUACCUUUCAGAGCAAGGACAAAGAUUGGGAGAUAAUUUCUACAUAAAGAUAGAAAUGACUGUGAAUCAAGAGGAAUUAGAAAUAGUGCAGAAAUUAGCUAAAUCACAUUAGUAUAAUCUUACAGUUUAAAAUACUAAAGGCUAAACUUACAACAAUCACAUAGAGUUAGAAUUAAAAAGAUGUGGCUAUUUCCGUUAUGAAAUGGAAUUUAUAAUAAUCUUAAUAAAUGCUCUAUCAGAAAAGAAAGAACAUAAAAAACAAUGA